CGUGUUGGUUCCAGCUGACUGGGAGAGAGAGAGCGAGAGAGAGCGAGAGAGAGAGAGAGGGGGAGAAGAAGCUUCAGCUCCAUCUCUCCGACUCUCUCACUCUUGGACAGUAUUAUUUUUUGGGGCUCAUCUCUUUAUUUCCUCCAUCUUGUGUUCAUCACUUCUUUUAGUUCUCAUCUUUCUUUAUAUUUUCAGAUCUUCCUCCUCUUCCUCCUCCUCCUCCUCCUCGCGACUCUCUGCUCCGCUUUCUCACUCCGCGCACGGGACGACGGACUGUUUUCAUCCCCUGUUCUUUUUCUGUUUCCUCAUCUGGACUUUAAAUCGACCGGAGCACCGGAGCACCGGAGGGGAGCGCGUGCACCGCGAUCCGCCGUCUGCUCUCCAGGGGGUGGGGGGGGGCUCGGGACUCUCUCGUGCUCCCGUGCACGUCUGUUUCAUCGGAGGAGGUGAAGUCCUGCAGAGGAUGAACUAGAGGCGACAUGGUGCCAUUUUGGAGAUAAACCUUCCUCCUGCUCCUCUUCCUCUCUUCUUCAUGGGACGGGCGGAGCGGCGGGACGUCAGGUGGACAUCUUGAAGCGCGCUCACGCGUCACCUGCCCGCGCACCUUCUGACGGCGCGCCUGUCAAUUAGCGUCCCUCUAAUUGGAUUAUUCUGAUCUUGAACUCAAAGAGUGUGCAGGUACUCCCCACCUCCCUCCCCCCUCGCUUCCCCCUCCUCCCCCACUGGAAGUUAUGUCAAAGCCCCUCACUCAGCUCCUGCCGCCGGACCUCCCCUCCGGGGCCACCAGCCCCCAGUGCGGGGCCAGCAACCCGGCGGGAAGUGCCCCCCCAGGCGGACAGCUGACCCCUAUGACCAACCUGAAGACCCUGCUCCAGCUGCCAAUCAAGAGCGACCAGCGAGGCGCCAAGGACUGCUGCGAGAUGCGAGACAAAGACAAGCCGGUGGAGUCUGAGGAGAACUCGACGAGCAGUAACAGCGGCGGGCCCGGCGGACAGGGAGGAGUCCCGGCCUCGGGCGCCCUGCGACCCAACUCCCAGUCGGCGUUCCUGGGCCCGCUGCUGUGGGAGAGAACCCUGCCCUGCGACGGAGGCCUGUUCCAGCUGCAGUACAUGGACCUGGAGGAGUUCCUGACGGAGAACGGGAUGGGGAUGCACAGCAAUGGGGCCAGCUCCACCAGUGCCCAGAUCCCCUCCCAGGUAAAACGGAUGAGGACCAAACCCACGGCUUCACCAAUUAGUUCCCAAUCAGCGGUGCCCAGCCAGAGCUCCCAGUGCCCGCCCAGCUCUCCUCCACCCUGCUCCUCCUCAUCCUCCUCCUCCUCCAUGUCUUCUUCCUCCUCCUCUUCCUCGCUGGUGGGACUGGAGAACGUCAAGCCACAGCCGCCACCGCCGCUGCCACCUCAGCCGCAGCAAAGCAUGAUGGGAGGACCAGAAUGUCUACAUGGUGGUCAGUCGGUGCCUCAGGACCAGUCCCCCACCUCCACCUGUCCUCCGGGCCCCCCCGGGCCUCCGACGGCGGCGGCCAACGGCAGCAGCAGUGACGUCAUGGUGAACUUUGACCCCGACCCGGCGGACCUGGCUCUGUCCAGCGUGCCGGGCCAGGAGGCGUUCGACCCGCGGCGGCACCGCUUCAGUGACGAGGAGCUGAAACCUCAGCCGAUGAUCAAGAAGGCUCGAAAGAUGCUGGUCCCCAACGAGCAGAAGGAUGAGAAGUACUGGAACCGGCGCGUGAAGAACAACGAGGCGGCGAAGCGCUCGCGGGACGCCCGGCGGCUGAAGGAGAACCAGAUCUCGGUGCGGGCGGCCUUCCUGGAGCGGGAGAACGGCGCCCUCCGCCAGGAGGUGGCCGACAUGAGGAAGGAGCUGGGCCGCUGCAGGAACAUCAUCAACAAGUACGAGAACCGGCACGGAGACUUGUGAGGCGGAGGAAGAGGAAGAAGGAGGAAGAGGCGGGGUUUGGGAGGAGGAGAGAAGGGUACAAGGCCAACCCAACAACAGCAGCACUUUAGUUGAGGUAGCGAGGGGGGGGGGGGGAGGCCGGUGUAGAUCUGCAGUGAGCGUUGUGCGACACCGGGCGCAAACACAAACAUGUGUUUUUUGUUCGCUGUGCUUCAGGAUGUCACGACAGGGACGCACAGCGACGCCAUUUUGUCCUCCCAUAGUUUGACUGUUUGUUCGAUGCCGCUUCGCUGACUCCACACGACGUACUGUAGCGCCACCUUGUGUCACCUCGUGUCACCUCGUGUCACCUCGUGUCACCUCGGCAGCUUCCCGCCACUCGGUGCUUGCGCCCGGUGUCGCUCUGCAGGUCGUGCGUCCUCGUGCCGCUCCAGUUCAAACAGGGUGUUGACUUCACACUAUGCCAGUGAAAUCUCACUUUCUAAGCUCAAGGCAUGGACACAAGCCAGGAGAGGUCAGAUGUGUGUAGUUGUUUUCUAUAAAUAGAACAAAAAUAAAACAUGUAUAUUUUUGAACUGGGUAGGAAGGCAAGACUAGUCCAGCAAAGUGGGGGAGGAGGUGGAGGAGGAGGAGGAGGAGGAGGAGCAGGUGCAGGGUUUUCGUCCAUAACGCAAAGAGAUUUUGACAUAGGAUUAUUGUAUAUUUUUCUAUUAGCAGAGAUAGUCAGGAGGAGGAUUUUGGAGAUAAUCUUUUGUAUAUUUUAUAUAUGGGGCGGGGAGGGGCUGUUAGCUGGACAGUCGCGGGGCCACACAAAGCUUUUCCUCCCAGCUGAUUUAUCGCUAAACAACAACAAAAAAAUCUAUUUUCAAUUUCACGGAGCGGGUCGGUCGGAGGCGGAGGCAUCACGAGAAUGUAUCAUGGUUGAAUCAGGUAUUUCACACGGGCGGCGACCAGGCGACCUUUCUUAGUAACGAUUGUUGUCGGCGUUGGAAGGAAGACAGUGAAACAAAAAUUGUAUAGUUUUGAGAAAUGUUUGUGUUGGUUUGUUUUCUUUGUGGGCUCGUUCGAGCACUUGAUUUGUCGAACUUCUAUUUGAUUCCGUGUCUGUUUUUUGAAAUAAUCACAGGGCUUUUAUUUUUGAGGACGCAGGAGGAAAGAGAGAGAGAAAAACAGGAAGUAAUAAUCCAGCGGAAUAAUGUGUGCAGAUGUGUGGUUUGCUUGUCGUCAUGUGAACGUGUCGGUGCUCACACACACACACACACACAAACUGUCGGUAGUAACACAACAUGGCUGCAGCCUUUCUCUCUCUGUUUGCUCCUCAGUUUGUCCAGGAGGUGCAGAAAUGAAAUGCCAACUGGUUUCGUGUUGAUUUGCCCAGAUUGAACAGUGACUGAAACGUUCAGCAUGCAGACACACAACAGACACACACAUGCACAGUCCUCACCCUGGAUUUAACCCUUAUCGUUGUUGUUGGUGUUGUUAAUAGACUUUUAUGGUGCUGAUCUGAUCUGAUCCUUCACCUGACACACACACAAACACACACUAUGACAAGAAUCAUGAUCGCACACAUGCAAACACACACAAUAAGACACUACUCAAACACAGUACUGAACUGCCUAUACCCUUUCUUUGUCUUUUAUUCCUUCUUUUUGUUUAUUUCUCUUUCCUUUGUUGUAUAUUGUAUUGAUAAAUCGUAUAUAGAUUUACACACAAACACUUGUCUAUACCUCUCCUUCAAACUUUACCCAAUGAGAAACAAGAAAUGCACCCUACUGCUACUGUACCAUACAACUGUACUAUUGAAUAUUAAACUAUUCUCUCACUAGAUAUAUAUAUAUAUAUAUAUAUAUAUAUGUGUAUAUGAUAUAUGCUUGAAUUAUGUGAUUAUAGUUGUAAUAUACAUAAUUGAAUAUAUUACAGAAAAAAAUCUUUGGAAUCAUUCUGUCAGUUUCUUCUCAGGUGUUUUUGUCUGAGGUAUUAAAUACACAUUAAAAAAAAAAAACAUGCAAAAAAUGUCUUUGAUUUGACCCCAGGAUGUGUGUUGUUUUAUUUUGGCGGGGUGGUGGUGGUGGUGGGGGGGGGGUUAUACUUUUUAUCUUUCCUGCUGCCAAGGGUUUCAAAUCUGUUGGAUUUUAUUAUUCCUAACUGGAACUUGUGAUGGGACAGAAGAAAUGCCAGUUUGCUAAGCCCCACCCCCUUGGCAACCUGAACAUUCUAGAACUUUAUACGUAUUUUGCUAUGUUAACAGUUAUAGAGGAAUAUGAACUCCCUCAGUUUUUAAAUAAAUACAUAAUUUGUACAGUGACGCUGGAAGAACUGGUCUAAAGACACGACCCCUGUGAAGGUCAUCGCCUCCUAAUCAGGCUAAAGCUGAACCCCUGGGGCUAGAGCUAGUUUACCAAAAGUCCAAAAGUGUCUCUUGGGCUUUAUUCAACGUGAACUGUCUCACGACACGAUAACAGAGAAUCAUCAGCUAAUAAUCAUAUUUCUGCCUCACAUUGAUCAGCAAGGAAACGUUAUCGCAGCUGAUCCAUUCCUCACAGUGUCACUCUUCCUUCAGCACGUUUAGAAACCCAAAGCCUCAUCGCUACGCUGUGAUUGGACGGUUGCUGUUUGGGGGAGGGGCUUGGUGGACGGAAAGUGAAAAGUUCUGUGACACAAGUUGUUGUUUCUAUUUCAGUCGUUUUUUGUGAAGCAGCUUUGAAUUUUAUCCUCUCGUAAAUCUCCCUUUUUGGGGGAAUGUGUUUAAACCUCAGACUUUUGAAUUCUCGUCCCUGGAAGACACGCCUCCGAGCGUCCCACGCCUCCGAGCGUCCCAUGUCUCCGAGCGUCUCCGUCCGCUGGGGGAAGACGGACGCCGUUGCUCCAUCUUUGUAAUAUCUGAGAUUUUGGGAUUUUCCUCACAGACGUUUCAGAAACUUUUUUUGACAGUGCUAUUUUUCUAUGUGACUGUGGUGUUGAACGUGCUACUACCUUCCUUUCUGCCGGGCGUUCGAUGCCCACUCCUCACACGCUGACACUUCUGCUGCUGUACGAUAAAGAAACGGCAUUGCGGGUAAACAGGACAACAACAAUAACGACGAUAACAAUCAUGUACGCAGCCUUUUUACUUCUACUCUGUGGAUUCUCAGCUAACUUCUCCUUGUUGUGACUGUUAUGAACUACAAGUCCCAUGGGCGCAACACCCCCCCCCCCCCGGCUCCUCACCCGUAUAGUGCUGCCCACAGGGAUCAUGGGAUAUGUGGUCUGUUCCCUCCAAUCAUCAAUAAAGGCUUCUCCUCACUCA